ACACACUGCUGCAACCGUCCGCACAGUUUCUAACCAGUCAUCGGCACAGGGUAGGGAACGACUCCUCCGGCCAGACUUUUACUCGAGCCCGAGGACCGAGAGGCCUACAGGAUAAUACCAACAGACGAACGUAAUGUCAGACUCUGACAGUGACGAGGACCAGGACCAUCCCUUCCACUUGACAGGGUUUCUGUUUGGCAACAUCAAUGAGAAUGGUCAGCUGGAGGAUGACAGCGUGCUGGAUACGGAGUCAAAGAAGCACCUGGCUGGUCUGGGCUCUCUGGGUUUGGGUUCACUCAUUACAGAGAUCACAGCCAGUGAGGAAGAAACGGCUGACAAUGAGCCAGACCAGAGCAACAUUGAUUCAGAAGGAUGGGUAAGGAGCACUGAAGAUGCAGUUGAUUAUUCUGAUAUCAGUGAAGUUGCAGAGGAUGAAACUCGUAAAUACAGACAGGCCAUGGGCAGCCUGCAGCCAGCACGGAGAGCAGAUGAAGGGGAUGAUGACUAUGAUGCUGAUUGUGAGGACGUUGAUUCCAAACUCAUGCCUCCGCCCCCUCCCCCUAGUCUGCCAAUCCCUGCAAAGAAAGAGGACACACCCACUCAGACCAGCAGUGUGAGUGAUGAGGGUGAUGGCAUCAUCCUGCCUUCCAUUAUCGCUCCAUCAUCUGUGGGAGAUAAGGUUGACUUCAGUAGUUCAUCAGACAGUGAGAGUGAGAGUGAUAGACCGUCUCAGGGUUCAGGGACAGGAGGACAGAGACAGAUGUGCCUCACCCUCCCUCUUGCGGGCAUUAUGCAAAAAGAUGCGGCUAAAGCUCUGCCAGGAGUCACAGAACUUUUUCCUGAGUUCAGACCUGGAAAGGUGUUGCGGUUCUUGCGGUUGUUUGGUCCUGGUAAGAACAUGCCUUCUGUUUGGCGAAGCGCUCGCAGGAAACGGAAACGAAAGCAGAGAGAGCCACUGGCAGACAUGGCCCCAGGCGACAAUGAUUCGGAUCCACCUGAGGGAGAAGCUAAGAAAAAAUCAGGGUGGGACUAUGAACAUGCACCUCCACCACCACCAGAGCAGUGUCUGUCUGAUGAUGAGAUCACCAUGAUGGCUCCAGUGGAGUCUAAGUUCAUGCAGGUAUCUGGUGAGGGUGAUAAAGUUUCAGAAGUGAGGCCAAAGGUGGCAGAGUGGCGUUACGGUCCAGCACAGCUUUGGUACGACAUGCUUGGCGUACCAGAGGAUGGGAGUGGCUUCCAUUAUGGAUUUAAACUCCGAGAUGAACAACAGCAGGACAGUACAGACACCGUGGCAAAAACGACUGUGAAUGCACCAGCAUCUGCACCAGUCAUCGAGCAGGCUCCACAACAAGAUGCUUAUGAUGAGCAGGGGGAGGAUGUCUCUCAGAUGCAGGAUGAGAUGUUUUUAAUGGUGACCCAGCUGCAGUGGGAGGAUGACAUCAUCUGGAAUGGAGAUGAGGUGAAACACAAGGGCACAAAGACCCAGCGUGCCAGUCUGGCCGGGUGGCUGCCUACUAGCAUGACCCGUAAUGCCAAUGCUUAUAAUGCUCAGCAGGGUCUAAGUCGCAGUAAUUCUCAACUUGUGCCCCUGACUCCUCCCCCUCUGGCCAAAACUCCAUCCACAACAGGCUCCAAAAGAGACAAACACAGCCACGAUCAUCAAGCUCAUGAGGAUGAUUCUCCGUGGUUCUCCAUAUUCCCGAUUGAUAAUGAGGAGCUUGUGUAUGGACGUUGGGAAGACAACAUAAUCUGGGAUGAUCAGUGCAUGGACUGCCUCCCUUCUCCUCCCAUUCUCACUCUUGACCCCAAUGAUGAAAACAUCAUACUCGACAUCCCAGAUGAAAAAGAGGAAAGAGCUUCUCAUUCCCCAUCCAAAGACAACAAGAAAGAGACGGCACUGAAGAAAAGUCGCAUUCUCCUCGGAAAGACUGGCGUCAUCAAAGAUGAGCCUCAACAGAAUAUGUCCCAGCCAGAGAUUAAGGAUCCCUGGAAUCUGUCGAAUGAUGAGUUCUACUACCCCAAACAGCAGGGGCUCAGAGGAUCCUUUGGAGGAAACAUCAUACAGCACUCUAUUCCUACUGUGGAGUUGAGGCAGCCAUUCUUCCCCACUCACAUGGGACCCAUGAAAUUGCGUCUAUUCCAUCGACCAUCCCUGAAGAAGUACUCUUUUGGAGCGCUGUCCCAGCCUGGCCAGCACCCGGUCCAACCCCUCCUCAAACACAUUAAGAAGAAGGCUAAGAUGCGAGAGCAGGAGCGUCAGGCAUCGGGUGGAGGGGACAUGUUCUUCAUGCGCACGGCUCAGGAUCUUACGGGAAAAGAUGGAGACCUCAUUUUGGCAGAAUAUAGCGAGGAGUAUCCUCCGCUUCUCAUGCAAGUUGGGAUGGCAACUAAGAUCAAGAACUACUACAAAAGAAAACCAGGUAAAGACCCAGGAGCACCUGACUGUAAAUAUGGAGAGACUGUUUACUGUCACACAUCACCUUUCCUGGGAUCUUUGCACCCUGGACAACUACUGCAGGCUUUUGAAAAUAACUUGUUCAGAGCUCCAGUCUACCUGCAUAAGAUGCCUGAGACGGAUUUCCUGAUUAUCCGGACACGGCAGGGUUACUUAAUAAGAGAACUGGUAGACAUAUUUGUGGUGGGACAGGAAUGUCCUCUCUAUGAGGUGCCAGGGCCCAACUCAAAACGAGCCAACACACACAUUCGAGACUUCCUACAGGUGUUCAUCUAUCGUCUGUUCUGGAAGAGUAAAGAUCGUCCUCGGCGUAUACGUAUGGAGGACAUAAAGAAGGCCUUUCCCUCUCACUCUGAGAGUAGCAUCCGCAAACGCCUCAAACUCUGUGCCGACUUUAAACGCACAGGUAUGGAUUCUAACUGGUGGGUAUUAAAGCCUGAUUUUCGGCUUCCUACUGAAGAGGAGAUCAGAGCAUUGGUCUCUCCUGAGCAGUGCUGUGCUUACUACAGUAUGCUGGUAGCAGAGCAGAGACUAAAGGAUGCUGGGUAUGGUGAUAAGUCAUUCUUUGCACCUGACGAAGAGAAUGAGGAAGAAUUCCAGAUGAAGAUUGAUGAUGAGGUGCGCACUGCCCCAUGGAACACAACCAGGGCGUUCAUUGCUGCCAUGAAGGGAAAGUGUCUCCUGGAGGUCACGGGGGUGGCUGACCCCACCGGUUGUGGAGAAGGAUUCUCGUAUGUUAAAGUCCCCAAUAAACCUACACAGCAGAAGGAUGAUCGAGAGCCCCAGCCAGUGAAAAAGACUGUGACAGGAACUGAUGCGGAUCUCCGACGCCUGUCCCUCAAAAAUGCCAAACAGCUGCUCCGCAAGUUUGGAGUUCCUGAGGAAGAGAUAAAGAAACUUUCCCGUUGGGAGGUGAUCGACGUCGUUAGGACAAUGUCUACCGAGCAGGCUCGUUCAGGGGAGGGGCCUAUGAGUAAAUUUGCCCGUGGGUCUCGGUUCUCUGUAGCAGAACAUCAGGAACGUUAUAAAGAGGAGUGCCAGAGGAUCUUUGACCUGCAGAACAAGGUGUUGGAGUCCACAGAGGUGUUGUCCACAGACACAGACAGCAGUUCCGCAGAGGACAGUGAUUUUGAGGAGAUGGGAAAAAACAUUGAGAACAUGCUACAGAAUAAGAAAACCAGCUCUCAGCUGAGCAGAGAGAGAGAAGAACAGGAGAGGAAAGAACUGCAGCGGAUGCUGAUGGGAGAGGACAAUGAGAGGGAGAGGGGCCGCAAGGAACGACGCAAAGGCUGUAUGUCAAGUGCCCUAUCCACGAGCUCUCACAAAGAUGAUGACGCAUCCUCCGUCACUAGCCUGAACUCAUCUGCAACAGGGCGAAGAAUGAAGAUUUAUCGCACCUUUUGUGAUGAGGAUGGAAAAGAGUAUGUGCGCUGUGAGACUGUCCGCAAACCAUCUGUAAUUGAUGCUUAUUUGCGAAUACGCACCACAAAGGACAAUGACUUCAUUCGUAAGUUUGCGUUGUUUGACGAGCAGCACAGGGAGGAGAUGAGAAAGGAACGCAGAAGGAUUCAGGAGCAACUGCGACGCCUCAAACGAAAUCAGGAGAAAGACAAAUUUAAAGGUCCACCUGAGAAAAAAGCCAAGAAGGCCAAAGAACGACCAGACCUGAAGCUGAAAUGUGGAGCUUGUGGUGCAAUUGGCCACAUGAGGACUAAUAAAUUUUGCCCAUUGUACUACCAAACCAAUGCCCCGCCCUCAAAUCCAGUGGCCAUGACUGAGGAACAGGAAGAGGAGCUGGAGAAGACAGUGAUCCACAAUGACAAUGAAGAACUCAUCAAAGUUGAAGGAACCAAGAUCGUUCUUGGAAAGCAGCUCAUUGAGAGUGCUGAUGAAGUACGGCGAAAAUCUCUGGUUCUGAAGUUCCCCAAACAACAGCUUCCUCCCAAAAAGAAAAGACGUGUUGGGACAACUGCGCACUGUGACUACCUUAAUCGUCCUCAUAAGUCCAUCCAUCGCAGAAGGACAGAUCCCAUGGUCACGCUCUCCUCCGUUCUGGAGAGCAUCAUCAACGACAUGAGGGACCUUCCUAAUACAUACCCAUUUCACACACCUGUGAACGGCAAAGUCAUUAAGGAUUAUUACAAGAUUAUCACGCGGCCAAUGGACCUGCAGACAUUACGUGAAAACGUUCGCAAGCGCAUAUACCCAUCUCGAGAAGAGUUCAGAGAGAGUGUCGAACUCAUCUUCAAAAACAGUGCCACGUAUAAUGGUGCAAAGCAUCUCUUAACCCUUGUUGCUCAGUCGAUGCUGAAUCUGUGUGACGAGAAACUGAAGGAGAAAGAGGAGCGUUUGGUUCGUUUGGAGAAAGCCAUUAACCCUCUUCUGGACGAUGAUGAUCAAGUCGCUUUCUCCUUUAUCCUUGACAACAUUGUCACUCAGAAGAUGAUGGCCGUUCCUGGCUCAUGGCCCUUCCAUCAUCCUGUAAAUAAGAAGUUUGUUCCUGAUUAUUAUAAAGUCAUCAUCGACCCCAUGGACCUUGACACACUUCGCAAGAACAUCUCCAAGCACAAGUAUCAGAACCGUGAGAUAUUUCUUGCUGAUGUCAGUCUUAUCCACGCCAACAGUGUCAAGUACAAUGGGCCUGACAGCCCAUAUACCAAAACAGCUCUGGAAAUUGUGAACCUCUGCAAACAGACUUUAGCAGAGUAUGAUGAACACCUGACUCAGCUGGAGAAGGAUAUCUCUACUGCUAAAGAAGCUGCUCUGGACGCCGCAGAUCUUGAGAGCUUAGAUCCAUUGACCCCUGGACCAUACACACCACAACCUGAUGUGUGUGAGAGCAAUGUAUCUGUGAGUUUGCAGGGAGAUUCUAGUCUGUUAGCAGAGGCUACGCUAAUCCCUCCCACCCCUGACAAAAGAGGGGGGCAGGGUCGUCACAGAGGCAGAAUGGGUGAGGAUGAGUCUGAUGUGGACAUUGAAGGAUAUGAGGAAGAUGAUGAUGGCAAACCUAAAACACCUGCUCCGGCUGAAGAGGGAGAUCUGGAUGAUGAGGAUGAAGAGGAUGAUGACGAUGAGCUCCUCAUGCGGCCACAGAGGCGUAUGCAUGGAGACGAAGAGGAGGAGGAGGAUGAUGAAGGCUCCAGUCGGCAACAACAGGCCAGUGUGCUUUACCAGGAUCUGCUGAUGUCAGAUGCAGAAGAUGACGCCAGUGAGGAGGAGGGAGACAAUCCAUUCUGCUCCAUCCAACUGUCAGAGAGUGGCAGUGAUAGUGAUACUGACUUGGGGCAUCAGGAAAGCACACGGAUUGGACUAGAGCAGGAAGAGAGUAUGAUGUCAUAUGAAGGGGAUGGGCCUGAUGAGGAAACGCACAUGGAGGAUAGCAACGUCAGCUAUGGCAGCUAUGAUGAUGGAGAUAGUCAGAUGCAGAGACGGGUGUCCAGCCCUGGGACAGGAGAACGGGAUGUAGAGGGGGUUUAUGGGAUGAGUGAAGAGGAAGAAGAAGAGGAGGAUGAGAGAAGGAGAGGGCCUAGUGUUCUCACACAGGUCCAGCUAAGUGAUGAUGAGGAGGACAGUGAAGAAUUCAGAUCCAUUGGAGGAGACAUUGACAUGGAUUCAGACAACUAACACAUGCUCUCUUUCAGCCUCUGUCUUGUGUGCUCAAACUAACCUGGUGCUGAUGAUGAUGUUGCUUAUAAUUGUAUAUUUCGUACUGUACUGAUGAUUGUUUUACAUGUUAAUAUUUUUAUAUGACUUGUUGAGCCAGUUUGUGGGGCUCCAAAAGGUUCUGUGAAGAAGAAUAUGAUAGAUAAAUAAAUUGUGAAUCUAAAUCACAUAGCUAGUGUUUUUCCUAAACUUUGUCUCUCCUUAAUAAAUUGUCACCACAACCGCAAAUAUCUGCGGCUCUGGGUAUCACAGCAGGAUUUUCUCUUUACUAUGUGGAAAAGU